AUGGCCUCAAACGAGCGCGUUCGUGUCCGCGGACUGAGCAUACAUCGGCCGAUCAUCUAUGGGAACACUGCCGUUGUCUUAACGCAGAAGGAGCGGGAGUCUCUGGCCUCGCCGGACCACACCCACCGGUGGGUGGUCGCGGUGCGCAGUGCGGCCUCUGCUCCUGACUCGCAAAUCGUGGGAGGGGCAGAUGACUUGAGCUACUUCAUAAAACGUGUCACGUUCAAAUUGCACGACACCUAUACCAAUCCAACACGAAACGUCGAUAAACCCCCGUUUGAAGUGUCGGAAACAGGCUGGGGAGAGUUCGAGAUUCAAAUCCGUAUAACGUUCGUCCCAGAGUCGGGGGAGAAGGCUAUUCUCAUCUAUCAUCACUUGAAGCUGCACCCAUGGACUGCUAUCGGUAGUGGUGAACCCGAAAUACCUCCCCUCGAAGCUGCUAUGAAGCUGGGGCCGGUCCACUCCUGGCAGUAUGACGAGGUCGUUUUCAACGAUCCUUUCCAGUCCUUCUUAUCCAUCCUCACUGCGCAUCCGCCUACACCGCUCCCAAAACACAAACGUCGUCCCGUUCCCUUUCAUACCGCUAAUCCGGGAUCUCUGGAGGAGUCAAAAGGAGGCGUGCCAGAAUUUACGCUGCAAAUGGAGAAAGAGGAGGCAGAGCGUCUCGAUGCGGCGAGGAAGAAGAUUAUUGCGGAAACUGACAAGUGGAGAGAGCGUUUGAUUGAGAAGGAGAAGGAGCUUGAGCGGUUGCAACGGCAGCUUGAGGUUGCUGGAAGCUAG